UGAGGGAUGAAGCACGCGACGCAGGAGUAAGAGAAAAAAUCGGGAUCUUCCUGUCAUUCACCUAAUGUAACAAGAGUCCAAACCGUUAAUCGUCGUUCAGAACAUCAAGAGUACUGGAUUUCAUCUGAAGAAUUCGGUUUCUCCUAACACCCUGGAAAAUGCGGCAUUAUUGUCCCUCCUGCAAAGCACACCCGCAGACCGUGAGUGACAGUCAGAUCAUGAGAAGUCGAAGCGUGGUGUUGAACAACUAUGAGUCACGAGAAACACAAACAUCACGACAGGUAUCAUCUUGAUGUGAGCAAGAUAUUCUCAAAGAUUUGGUCGAUGACAAGAGUUCUGACGCUCAAAGCACAUAAGUAAAAGCAACCGGCUAGUUUUUCUCUUGUAGUCCUCUCUUCAUGAUCUACAUGAUCAUGACAAGAGUUCCCUAUAUGACAAGACGACGUCUCUAUGUGACUAGACGACUUCUCAAUAUGACAAGAGGAGCAGUUUUUUCAGUUCUUUCUACUCGAAUACUCAAAAGAUGCACGUAACGAGCAC